AUGCGUACAUAUACCAUACAACAUGUUUAUUAUUUCAUUUUUAUAGAGAAUGGAGGUAAUAUGUCGGUUCAGAAAUAUUCUUAUGGAGGUUUUGUGAACGUCCAUAAAUUUUUAUCAAAAUCCAGUAUGAGUAUCAUAAAAGAAAUUAAAAUUGAAAAUAAUUUAUCGAGUGUUAUUAAUAAAAUAAAGGAUAUGGAUAAAUAUAAUGACAACAUAUAUGAAAAAUUUGGUAACUCAUGUUCUAUAUAUAUAGAAAAACUAUUUACAGAGACGUACUUAGAUAAAGACAAAUCAAUAACAUUAUUAAAUGAAUUAUUAAUAAAAGAAGUAAAAUAUUUAUUAUUAACUAAUAAUGAUAUAAUAUCAGAAAAAAGUAGAAAUAAUGAAAAGAACUUUCGAAAAGAUUUAGUGAAUAACUUAUAUGAAGAAUUUUUACAACAAGAACAAAAAGAAGGAGAUGAAGAAGAACGUGGAUUAUUAUAUAUUAACAAAAUAGACAUGGCAAAUAAAUUAAGACAAAUAUUAGAUUUAUAUUCCAUGGAACAACCUGAAGCUCAAGAAAUUAUACUUAGUUUAAUACAAAUAGAUACAUCUAAAAUAAUUAUUGAUCAUAAAUCAAUAAAUAAAAAUUUUGAUCUUAUAUUAAAUUCUAAAAAUCCCUAUUCUAUCUUAAGACAAUUCUUUAUUGGGAAUGAAGAAAUUAUAAAUGAAUCAUUUUUAAGGAAAUAUUGGUUUUGUUUAAAAAAUUUACAUUUAUUUCAUAAAACAUAUAAUAACCAUGUAUUAUCUAUAUUAGGAGAUGAAUUUAAACAUAAAAUUAUUCAUUAUAUACAAAAUAUUAUAUGUAAUAAAAAACAAAUAUCUAUUAUUAAUAAUUAUAAUAAUGAAGAAAGUUAUUUUCUGAAUAGAUAUUAUUAUUUUGAUAGUUUUAUUGCUCUAGUUAUAUCUAAAGUACAUAAUAUGAAAGUUUCUAUAUUAAAUGAAAAUGGUAUACUUAUAUCUAUUCAUAUGAAUACAUUACCAAAUAAAUAUAUUCAAUUAGUUUCAACAAAGUAUUUUUCGAACACAUUAAUAUCUAAUAGAUUAUUUGAUGAUCUAACAUAUUUAUUAGUUAGCGAGCAUUUUUCUGUUCAUAAAAAUAUAACUAAUUUUGAAAUAUCACCUACUUAUCUGGAUAAUGUAGAAAUGAAUUCUAUCGAAAAUAAUUAUAACAUCACAAAUGAAAGCAUCAAAAUAAGCCCGCUUUCAUCACAAGAAAAUGAUGAUAUAGAAAAUUGCAUAAACAAUGAUAUUAAAACAUCUUCGGAAGAACAACCAAAUAUCCAACUUAAAUAUUACAAAUCAUUAAAGGAUGUUUUGUCUCAUUAUAAGAAACUUCAUUCAUUUAAUGAAGAAAGUAUUUAUCUUUUACUUCUUAAUAUAAUUAAAGGUAAUUUAACAAAUUUAAGUUUAUUAUUUUCAUUAGAAGUACUUAAUUAUCUUGACACAUAUUGUGAUGAUUAUAUUGAAAACGAACAAGAAAUUGAUGAAAAAGGUGUUGAAUAUAUAGAAUAUAUAAACAAAAAGAAAAAAAUGAAAACAAACAAAAGAUUCAAAAAUAAACAUAAAAAUAAAAAUUUAAAUUUCCAUUUUUAUUAUUAUGAUACACCAGAAGUAGAUAAUAUUUCAAAUGAUAUCAUGGAAAAUACAAAUCUCAGUAAUAUAUAUGAUAAUGAUGUAUUGAAACAAUUAUACAAAGAUAUUGAUGAUAACAAUAUAUCACAUUCUUCAUCUAAUGAUAUUCAAAAAGAAAUGAAAGAGAAAAAUAAUGAAAUGAAAAAUAUUCCACAAAAUGAUAACAAAGAAUUAUUGUUUAACAAUAAAUCAAACAUUAAACAACCUGAUAUUCCUAAGCUAUUAAAUAAUGAAAUUAAUAUAUCUUUAUUAGAUACUUUAAAUAAAUCUACUAAUAAAAUAUCAAACGAAAAUUUAUAUAAUACAUUAUAUAACUCUAUAACACAUAAAUCUACUCAGCAUAUAAAUAAAACUUUAUUAGAUCCUCCAGACUUAUCAAAUGAUAAUAUAACAAAAUAUUCAACCAAAUUAAACUCGGGAAAUAUAUUUAAUGUAGAACAUUUUAAUAAUUUGAUACAAAAGGUGGAGGAUCCUACAUUAAAGGAUGAAAAGAAAAAUGAACAAGGUGGUAAAUAUAUUUUUCUUCAAAAUAAAUCGGAGUUUAUAAAUAACGACAAGGAUGAUACAAAAAAUGACACAAUGAUAAAAAAUGAAAUUGAUAUGUAUAGAAAUAUUGACAGUUGGAAUAAUAUCGCUAUUUCAAAAAAUGUUCAUCCUUAUCAAAAUAAUAAUACUUAUAAAAAUACAGCUGGUACUAAACCUUAUGAUAAUUAUAAACAUCAUAAUAUUGAUGAUGCGACAGUUAAUUUUCUAAACAUUUCAGGAAAUGAUGAAUCUCAUAAAACAAACAAAAAGGCAAACGGUAAAAGUAAAGAAAAUGAUAUAUUAACAAAUAGUAAAAAUAAUAAGGACAGAAAUGUUAAAAAAGGAAAUGAAGAUAGUAAUAUUUCUAUGAAUGAUUUAAUGCUAAAUUCCAAAUAUUUUAAAAACUUAUGUAAAAAGAAAAAAAUGAUGGAAAAGGAAAAACUUAAAAGUAUUAGAGAAUUAAAAAAAGAUCUACUAAAAGCUAAAUAUACAAUGUUUAAUAAAAAAUCUUUAUUUUUAAAUGAAGAGAAUUUAAAGAAUAUUUUCGAAUCAACAUUUUUUGAUACUAAACAAAUGAAAAAUUCUAUAAUACAAAUUAUUUCUUCAUAUGAAAUAGGACAUUUAUCUGAUCUCUUAAAUAUUAAUAUGAGUAAUAUAAAUUCUCAUUUUUAUAAAUUAAAAAAUGUAUUUCUCAAUAAAAAAAAAACACUUCAUUAUUUUAAAUUAAAUACAAAUCAAUAUGUCAUUCACAAAAUCGAAAACAAAUUAUAUUCAGUAUUUACUCUUGCUUGGAUACAUUAUACAAAUUAUUUAAGAAAAAUAUUAGAUAUUUUUUCAACCAAAGAAUUAUAUUUAUUAGCUAGAAAAUAUUAUCAACUAAUUCAUACAAAUCACGAUGAAUAUAAUUUAAUUCUACUUAAUACAUAUGGAUUUACACAUGUAUUUAUGAUGUAUAUAAUAUUAACUUAUAUAGGAAAAAAUGUAUAUUUUAUAACUUCAAACAAAUCAAUACAUAUAAAACAUGAAGGAUUAGAUAAUCAUAAUUCUAUACAUAUAGUACAAGCAUGUAAUGGUUCUUAUAUUAUAACUACGAAUAAAUGUGUAUCCGACAUUUUAAGUAAAAAUUUACUGAAUAAUAGGAAAAUUCAUGUGGGGUAUGACUUGAAUUUAUACACAACACUUACAGUUGAUAAAAAUAUCCCAGAUAUUAAUAAUAAAACAGAAUUAGAAAGUGAAAAUAUAAAUGCCCUACCCCAAAAAAGUACAGAUCAUAUGCUAUCGUCUAUAGAUUAUGGUAUCAUAUCUCAUAAUAUUCAAGAAAAAAAAGACACUGAACAUUUUAAUUUUCUCACUAUUUAUAGAAAUGAAAAUGCUUAUAACAUUAAUCAAAUUCCAUCAUUAAUAACGGCUAUUUUAUGUGGAAAAAACUAUGAUAGGAAUAACAUAAAAAAAUGUACAAAAGAUGACAAUAUAUUUUCUUCCUUUAGUAAAAAAUUAAAUUUAAUUAUACAAAAAUUUUAUGAUAAUAAUACAAAUUUUAAGCAUAUUUCUCUUUUAUCAAAAAAAAACAUCAAACAAAAUGUUUUUAUCAACUUUUAUCAAAAUGAAAAAAUACUUUUGAAAACAUUGGUGGCAUACAUGUACAACAUGUUAGAAGACAUCGACAAUUUGUGUAAAGAAAAAGAAAUAAGACAUCAACUUUCCUUUGUCUAUAAUAUAAUAAAAUUGUAUAUACUAAAAAAUAAAAUUUAUGAUAAUACAUAUGAUGCAUAUUUGUAUUCAAUAGAGGAAAUAAUUUUUAAGUAUAAGUUGUAUAACCAAAAAUUAUUUGAAAUUCUUAAACAUUUAAAAAUUAAACAUGAAGAUAACCAGGAAUAUAUGGAGGUACUAGAAAUUAUUUCACUAAUAUUUUAUGGAAUGAAAAUAAGAGAUCUUGCAAAAUAUAAAAGAGAAAAUAUACCCGAAAUGAAUUAUGAAAUAUUAACAUUAGAUUUAAUAGAUAUAAUAAAUAUAAUGAUGUUUUUUAACAAUUUUUUAAAUAAAAUAAAUAAAACAGACGAAAUGAAACUUAUAAUUGACAAGGAAAAAAUUAUAGAAUUUCACAUUGUAGAAAUUAAGAAAAUUAUAGAAACAAUUAUAGAUUUACAUGCUAAUUAUUUUUAUGAUAUUAUAGAUAAACAAAUUGAAUAUAAUAUAAAAGAUAUUUUGUUAAAGAAAAUGAAAUAUGUAUUUAUUCAAUAUAAGAAUUUUAUUGAAGAUGAUUUAAAAGAAUUAUCAUUUAAAUUUUAUGAUAAUAUAAAAAAUGAAAAGUCUUUCUUAAUAAUUCAAGAUCCUAAUAGUUAUAAUUAUCCUAUUGACAUUUCUUAUACUAAAAUAGAAAAUUUCGAGCAACUUUUCUUUUUAGAUUUAAUUGAAUAUUCAUUUUUAAAUUAUACUAGUUCUAAUUUAAAUACAAUAAAUAAUAAUAAUGACAAAAAAAAACAAAAUCAAAAAAAUAAAAAUCGCAAAUAUAGUAAAAAUAAUAUUUUAGAUCUCUAUGAACACGCAAGUACGAUCAGUUUAUUUUAUCACACGUUUAAUUUACCUAAGGAGUAUAAUGAAAAAUUGUUUGAAGAAAUUUUUACUUUUGCUCAAUCAGCGACACCUUCAAAAGCGUUUGUUAAAAAAGGUCAUCUAUGGGGAAAACAGGUUACCGAGAAAACAUAUGAUAAACUACGUUUGGUUAAUUUACAAAGACAUCUCCGAUAUUUUCUUGAAAGCAACGAUAUUGAUCAACUGGUAAAUUAUAUGUUGAAUUAUGAAAAAGUCAAAAUAAAUGUAAGAAAUCAAGAAGAAAAAUAUAAAGAGAAGUAUAAUAGUUUAUAUAUGUGUAUAAAAGAACAAUGGUUAUAUAAAUAUCAUGUUAAAAAAAGAAAGCACUUUUUAUCCAACAUUGAUAUAAAAUUUCAUUUAAAUUCCCAUGAUAUAAAAUUAUGUUUAGAAAAAAAUGAAAAUCACGAUAAUUCAAAUAAUAAGGUAUAUUCUGAAAAAUAUGUACAUUUGAAUAUAUUAACAAAUAUUAUGUUAAAUAUAUUAGCAUAUGAAUUACAUAAUAUUUAUAAAAUCGAAAAAAAGCUUCAUUCUAUAUUUUCACUUAUGAAUAUUAAAAACAGUGAUAUAAAUAAUAAAAUACAUAUUAACAUUAACAAAAAAUUAAAUAGAAAACAGAAAAUAGCACUAUUCUAUUAUUCGUCUAAUGUAUUAAUACAUAUCAUAGAAAUAUUAAGUCAAUAUUUUAAAAAAAAUAUACUAUAUUUCUCAGAAAAAAAAAAUGAAACCAUAUAUGAGAUAUACUCAUUUGUAAUACAAAAGGCAAAACCUGAAGAAAAAAUUAUCAUAUUAAAAGAAGGAAAUGUUUUCAAGGUCUACAAUCCGGAUAAUAAAAUAUUUAAGAAGGAUAUGAAUCAUUUAAUGGAAACAAGCAUUACUCUAGCAUGCUAUGACGAACUAAUGAAGAAAAAUCUAUACCUUGAAAAUUUGGUAAGAACAUACACAAACAAGGAAAAUGUUUCACAAGAAGACAUUCAACAAAUUAUAAAUAAUUUUUCCUAUGAAAAGAAUUUUGAAAAUAUUAAAGAAAUGAUAAAAGAAUUAUUAUACCGUAAAGAUAUAAAUACAUUUAAAAAAACAUACUUAACCAAUAUUAUGAAACUACAAAUUGAACAGAUAAAAAAUGAAACAAUAAAAACAAAAUAUAUUCAUAUUUUAUAUAAUGAAAUAUUUUCUCUCCUCCUUAUUGAACCAUAUAAUGAUAUAGACAAUUUAUUGAAUGGUUUCUUCUUAUGUGAUAAAGGCCUUUUAGCAUGGUUUAAUAUUUCCUUAUCUGAAGCAAAAAUAGAUUCAAAUAUUUAUGAUAAUUUACACAUAUUUGUUUACACCUUAAGGUAUAUGAUAAAAAAAAUAAAACAAAUGAUUAAUAUAGAAUUUUUGGAAAAACAACAAUUAGAAGGAAAAUCCAUACAAUUAUUUAAAAAAAAAGAUAAAGAUAAAGAUACAAAAGAAAAUCAAAAUAAUAAUAAAAAUAAAAAAAUACAAGAUAUCGAUUUUUAUGAAAUAUUCCCUAAUUUUUUAAACGAAAAAAUAAAAAACAAAAAUAACAACUUAUCAUAUUUUAAAUGGUUAGAAGAAUUUAAAAUUGAUAAGAAUGCCAAAUUACCAAUAUUACAAGAUAUAGAAAAUUAUAAAUUUUCUAUAAUGUCAUCAAAUGAUGAACCUGACUAUAAUUUUUUAUCAUUAGUUGGAUUAGCACAUUCAUAUAUUGAAAAUUUUGAACGACUAAAAUUAGGUAUAUAUCCUACCAUAACAUAUAAUUGUGUUGCUACGUUGAACAAAUUAUAUAACUUAUAUUUUGUAAAUGAAUUAAUGGAUUUUAUCAAUUUAUUAAUAAAUCAUAUAUUAAACAUAUACAACAAAUUUUUUUAUAAAAAAAGGGAGUUUUUUAAAGAUAAUAAAAUUCAAUUAAGCAUGAGACGAAAGAAAGAAUUUGCGAAUCUUAUUUUAUAUAACCAACAUUUUGAUCAUCAAAUAAUAAAUGAGAAAUAUGAAAAGAAAAAUAAUACUAUGGAGGAUAAAGAAGUUAUUCAAAAUAAAGAAAUAAAUAAAGAGAAGAAAGAAAAUACAGGAAACAAUACAGACAAUAAUAACCUUGAAUAUAACAAGUUUGAAGAAUAUAAAGGGAUGAGCAAAAAAUCGGAGUCUGAUAUUCAUACAUAUCAUUUGGAUUAUUUAUUCAAAAAUUUGUAUUCUUUUUUUUAUUCCAUACUAGAUUGUGAAAAAAACGAAUUGUGCUUUUUUCAUAAAAAUGAUUACGUAAGAAAUGUUCUCAAGAAAUAUCUUAAGAAGACAUCAUUUAAUAAAAAUAUGAUAUGGAUAAUACCAAUAUUGUCAUACCAUUUUAAUAAACCAUUAAAUGUAUUAUAUAUGAAAGAUGAAAAUCAUAUAUAUUUGUAUAAAUAUCAAGAAGAAAGUGAAAUAAAAUUUAGUAUUCAAAUUUUAGUUGAAGAAGGAAACCAAAUGUAUUUAAUUUUACCAACAUAUUUUCUCUAUAUAAAUGUUUUGAAUAUUAUUACAAACAUAUUAAUACAAAAUGAAGACAUAUAUAAAAGGAAAUUAUAUAAUGAAAAAAAAAAUGAAACGAAUAAAAGUAUAGAGGAACAAAGCGAAGAUUCAAAUGGUAUAGAAAAUGAAAACAUAUUAGACCAUCAUAAUAGGAAUAAUGAAAAAAGUAUUAAAAAUAUCUAUUCAAGUAAUCAUUCAUGUGAUAAAGUAUUAGAUUUAAAUUUAACAAAUAAUAUCCUUUCGGAUAAUUAUUAUAAAAAAAUGUUUGAAAUAAUAUUAGAAAAAAUCCAUUUAUAUGCAACAAAAAAAAUAAAUAUAUACACAUUGCUUAUAUCAAUAAGAGAAGAUAUAUCAAAUUUUAAAUAUGUCAUAUAUUAUAAAAAUUUUGAAAAGUUUAUGAAAAUAAUGGAUAGUUUUUUUCUUUUACUUAAUUCGAAGAUGAAUAUAAAUAUCGAAUUUUCAUUUGAUGAAAUUAUGAACACUCCAUAUAUGGUUGUAAAAGGGUCGAUUAACAAUGUAAUCAAUUUUAUAGAAAAAGAAAACUAUGGUAUUUUCGGAAUAAACAUAAAAAAUUUUUAUACAUUUAUAUUACAUCAUUAUGAUAGUAAGAAGUAUUACACUAAUACAUUUUUAAAAUUAUUAGACUUCUUAUUGAAUGCUAUAAAAAAUGAAAUUGAUUAUCAAAAUAAAAAUAUCCAAAGUAUCCAACCUAAUACAGAAAUGUAUAUAAAAAAAAUGGAAUAUAUUGAAAAGUUGAAAAUGCUAGAAUCAUAUAUAAACUGUGAGCAUAUAAAAGUCAUAAGAAAUAUGAUGAAAUAUGUUGAAAUAAAUUUACACAAUAUAAUAAAUUUUGUAGUAUUUAAAAGUAAAAAAAACAACCUUAAUUAUGAAUAUAAUCAUAUGAAUAAUAUUCAUAAUAAUAAUACAAUUUUUAGUCACAAAAAUAAUUAUAACAUUAAAAAUAAUAUUAACAAAAGAGAUAUUUUAUACCAAUGUUGUUUAAUAUAUGAUUAUAAUGAAUUAGGAGCUACCAAAUUAACCUUAAAAUAUUUUAAUGAACUAGAAAAGAAUUUUGUUAAAAUUACCGAUUUUUUGAAUAUUUUAGAAAAAUUAUCUAAUGAAGAACUUAAUUAUGAUGAAUGGUAUUCUAUAGCUUCUAAAAUACAUAUAGAUUAUUUCAAUAAUUCAGAAUUAUUUUAUUUUCAUUAUAUGAAUGAAAAAUUAUUUUGGAAAGAUGGUUCUGUUUUGUUUACCGAUAAAAUUGUUAAAUUAUUAAAUAAGAAAAAAUUAUAUAUUUCUACAGAAGAUCUAGAAAAGUUAUAUAAUUACAAAUUAACAUAUAAUGAAUAUAAACAUAUAUUAUAUCAAUCUAAAAUUAUAAGUAAAGUCAAUAAAAAUUUAGAUAUCACAUAUUUAGAUAAAGAAAAUUAUGCUAUGUCACUUAUUUGGUCUUUUUUUAAUACGGAGAUUGUAAUUAAUGGUACUCAUUUAAAUUUUGAUGAUAUAUAUUACAAAAUAGAAGAAUGGUACGAGAAAAAUAAAAGUAAAAAUUUAAAAGACACUUUAUAUUUAUUAAACAGAAAUGAUAUAUAUCAUUUAUAUAAUUCAAUGAUUUUAUUCCAUCGACUUAUAGAAUUUAUUGAUAGACCAAUUUUUGAUAAAUAUAAAGCAUAUAAAAUUACUAAUAUGUUAUUUGAUGAGUUAAUGAAUAAAGGGAUAUAUAUAUCUGGAGAUUCUCAAAUUACAAAAGAAUAUAUUCAAUCAAUAUUUGAUUAUAAUUUAUGGAAGAAAGAGAUACAAAAUGUUAAAAUUAGUAAUAAUAAUAAUAUAAGAUCAUUAGUACCUAUAAAAUAUAUUAAUUAUUUUAAAUCUUCUAUACUUAUUAAUUUAUUAAAAUUUAUAUCAAAUACAAAAUUAAAUAAUAGAAUCGUUAAUAUAAUAACAUAUAUCAUAUAUAGAAUAUUCAAAUUAGGAAAUACACAAAAUGAUAUUUUGAAAAUAAUAAAAACAGAAGGAAUUCUUUUUGGUAGUAUAGAUGUAUUUAGACUUAUAUUAAUAAAAUUAAAUAUACCAUUAGAUGUAUUAUCAAUUUGGUUUACUCUUCUUUUAAAAAAUUUAAAUUAUAUAACAGAAAAUUGUAUUAUUCAAGAUUUUAUAGAAAGUAUUGAUUUUAGAAGAUUCUUUUCGAAUUUAUUUUUUUUAUUACACAAUUUUAUUGAGCAAUAUUAUUUCAAAACGAUAUUAAAGUUUUUAUUAGGUUAUCCAUUUGUUGUAGAAUUUAUUAAAAAUAAUGAACAUAAAGUAAAGGAACUAUUUAUACAUUUUAAGAAUUUCAUAUUAUUAAAUUUUGGUACACAUAUUAAUUUUUUCCAACAUUUAUAUGAUAAUAUUGAGAAAAAAUUUAUAUCUUAUAUAAAAUAUUAUAUAACCAAAUUUUUAAAUAAUUUACUACCAUUUUCAACUGAUAUAAGUACAAAAAUAAUGCUAUACCAAAAUGAUCAAAUAAGUUCAUUACAAUUUAUAGAAUUUAUAGAUGAAGAAAAUAUUAUACCUUUAUAUUAUAAUAUAGUUAGUUUAAUACAACAUGAACCUUUUAUUAAAGCAUUUAUGAAAAAAUCACUUAUAAUUUAUUCAAAGAUGUUUUCUAAUACAAACGGAAAAAUGCAAUUAUCCCAUGUACAACUCAUUCAGAAUAUGUAUGAUAGAUGGAUAAAAAGGAAUAGUUAUAAGGAUCAAAAAAAUUAUGCAAUUAAUAAAACUACGAGAGAUCAAAAUGUAAUCGCUACUACAAAUAGUAAUUCUUCUUUUAUACAAAAAUUAUAUGUACCUAUAAAAAACAGACAAAAAAAAAACAUAUGGAAAGGGAAAAAACAUUCUGUUCUUCCUCCUAUUACUCAAAUGGAUUUGAAACCAUAUAAUAAUAUAACAUAUCAAAAUGAGGAUAAAAUAUUGGAUGAACCAACAAAUGUUACCUACCUCAAUAAUACAAUGAAAUGGAAUAAUAAAAACGUUCCAUUUGUAAAAAACAUAAAAGCGGAUAAUUAUAAAUAUGAUACACAUAAUAAUAAAGAUAACGAAAAGUAUAUUUCCAAGUAUCCCAUUUUAAAUAUAUAUAACAAAAAUAAAACAAAUUCUUAUAUUAGUGAUAAUAAUAGUAAUAAUAAUAAUAAUAAUAAUAAUAAUGAUAAUGAUACAAAUGAGAAGAAAACAUAUGCUUAUUUUGGAACAUCUAAUAUAUCACUCCUACAAAAUAAUAACACAAAUGAUAAAAUAAAAUUUUCUUAUAUCCAAUUAUACAAUUAUCGAACCUUAAGUUGCUUAGAAAAAUUAUUUAUACAUGGUUUUAAACAUGUGGAAAACAACAGAGAAACAGAAAAAAUAACAACAAAUAAUAAUCCGGUGACAACAUGUAGUGAUUUAUAUAAAGAAGAAUGGACAGAAGAACUUUAUAAUUUUUCAAUGAAUAAAUUAUCUAUGGAAGAAAGACAUAUAUAUUCAUAUACGCAUGAUUUAAAAUUAAUCAUAAUGAAAGGAGAAAAAAAAAAUAUCAAGUGUGAAAUAUUUUUCAAAUUAUAUCUUAAUAUUUCAACUGAAUAUAUUUUAAAAAUUAGUAGAACACAUAUUGUUAUAGUAGAUUUUAAUAUAUUUAGAAAAAACAAUGAAUUAUGCUUUCUAUACAUAAAUAAAUCACACCAAAAAAUAUACAACAACAAUAAUAAUAAUAAUAAUAAUAAAAAUGAUAGUAAUAAUAAUAAAAAUGAUAGUAAUAAUAAGGAUUAUCCUUCAAUACAAAAAAAUACUCACUUUUGUUAUAAGGUAGAAAUUGUUCCCUUUUAUAAAACCAACAAUAUCACAAAAUAUCUAAAAGAUGUUUUUUAUACGAUUGAUCAGAAAUAUCAUUAUGAUACACAAAAGAAAAAAAACGAACUAGGAGAAAUAUUAAAUGAUAUAGGUCCUAAUGAUAAUUUAUAUAGUUCCCCCUUCAACAUUAUGUAUAAUAUGAAAAAUAAUAAUAAUAUAAAUGAUCAAACUCACAAUAUAGGGGAAACAAUGAAUAUUAAAAAAAUAAAAGAUAUAAAAAAGAAGAAAAAUGAUUUUUCAUAUAAAAAUAAUAAAUCAAGGGAUAUUCCCAGAAAUAAUGAGAUGAAAAAAAAAAAUACAUUAAAAAAAUUUUUUGGAAAGAUUAAAGGAAAAAUAAAUAAUAUAAAAAAAAAUUAUUAUCAAAAAUAUAAGGAAAGACAUGAAAUAAAAUAUAAGUUAUACCCAAACCUAGAAAAGCUUCAAGAUACCUUAAAAUAUUUAACUGAUAAAAAUAUUAUAAAUAAAUUAUUAGAAUUUGAAUAUUAUCAUUCCAAUAAAUGGUCUUCAGAUACUUUUGGUGUUACUAUUCAAAAUAUGAAUGGAAGGAACAGAAAUAUAAAAUUAAUAUUAGAAAUAGGUGAUUAUAAUUUAACAAAUUAUUAUGAAAUAAAUGUUAAUGAUAAAAAAAAUAUUCUAUCCUUACAAAAGCUAGACACUUUUGUUAAAAAAAUUAAUUUGAAAAAUGGGCUAAUGCAAAAAUUGAAAACAUAUAAAAAGUUACAUUUUUUAUUAAAGCAUUUGUUCAUUUUUAAAAAUGAAAUGAAAAAUGUUGAAUAUUUUAAAAAUGAAAGAAUAAUAAUUAGUGAUGCACGUAAAAAGGAGAGUACUAAACGAAAUUAUAAUAUAGAAAAUUCUAAUAUAAUAGAAAAAGAUAAUAUUGAAAUGAAGCCGGAACAUAAAAAAGAACAACAACAAGGACAAAGUCAAAAUAUCGUAGAAAGAUUUAUGAAUACACCUUCUCAAAAAGAAGAAAAGAGAGAAAAUGAUACAUUGGAAUAUUUAAAAUUCACAUGGUAUAGUCAUAAUAAGAAAAUAUUACAAGAAAUUAUUUUACCAGUCAAAUCUAUACAUCCAUUUAAAUUAAGUAAUCAUAAUGGUAAUGUUUUAUGCAAAUCCGAUUCUAAUAUUGAUAAUUUAUUAAAUUUUAUGAAAGAACAAAAUGAAAAUGAUAUACGACAAGAUGCUAAAAAGGAUAUAAAGAACGUUCAUCAUGAUGAUCCACAUUUCGAAGAGGUAAAUAAUUAUAAACAUUCUAAUAACACAUUAGAUAGUUUUAAUGAAGAUUAUAUUAAGAACCAUAUGAAUUAUUCAUCAUCUAAAAUCAAUAAUUAUGAAGAGAAAUAUUUUUCAGAUUAUAGAAAAUAUUUUGAUAAAAUAUAUCCCUUAAAUGAAGAAGAGAAAUUUAUAAUAAGAAAUAAAACACAUCAUCAAUAUAUUUUAUAUAAAUAUAGACUUGCUAUGUUAUCUCUUAUUAUUAUAAAAACAAAUCACUUGACAAAUUUAAAAAAAAUGAAUAUAAUAACAAAUGAAUAUUUAAAAAAUAAACAUAAGUAUUAUAAACACAUACAGUAUCAUCAAAAUGAAUUAUUUCAAAAGAAACAUGUAUAUAUACCAAAUAGGCAAUAUAUAAUUAAAAAAAAAUUAGAAUGUAUCAUAAGCUUAGAUUAUUAUAAACCCCUAAAAAAGGCUUUACAAGAAAAUAAUGUCCUAAACAAUUUCUUAGAGGAUUUAACGGUUGAAAUAACUAAUAUAAAUAUGUUGUUUUAUAAAUAUUUUUAUACAGAUAAUUCAAAUAUUCAUUCAUCAAGUUUUUAUCUAGACAAAUUGAAAAACAUAAAACAACUAUGUCCAAUAAUAUAUAAAUUAAAAAAUGACGAAAAAUAUAAUCUAGAUGAUAUAUCAAAAGUUGAUGAUACCAUCAAAUUAAAUUUUAAUAAAAAAAUAGAAUAUGAUAUAAAAGAGUGUGAACAGAAAAUAGGCUUAUAUGGAAGUAAUAUUGCUUUUUUUGGAAAGGCUUUAGAUAAUUCUAUAGGAAAAAAAAAAAUUAAGAAUAUUGCUAUGUUUUCUUAUGAAUGUGAAAGAUCAAUUUUUCUUGAAAAAAAUUUAAGCGACUUGGAUCCAUAUCACAAAAACUUUUGUAUAAAUAUAUUAGAAAAUAUAAACGACAAUGAAAAUCAAAAUGAAAGUCAAAAUGAAGGUCAAGGUCAAGGUCAAGGUCAAGGUCAAAAUCAAAGCGAAAAUGCAGAACAAAAAGAUUAUUACAAUAAUACAUAUUUCAAAUCAAUUAAUACAACUUGGUUUGAUAUGAUAUAUAAUACAUAUACAUCUAAUAAAACAUUUGAUUAUAAAGGGCAACAAAAAUUUAGUCAAUUUAAAUGCUUUGGAUUUGCUGAUAGAGAUGAAUUAAAAGAAUAUGAAAAAAAAGAAGGCGCUAAAUGUAAAAUAACAAUACUAAGUAAAACACUUUUUGUUCUACAAAAUUUUAUAGAUAAAUAUUAUAUCUUAAAAAAUGAAGAAGGGAUACAUAAUGGUAAUGCAUAUAAUAUUUAUGUUCUAUAUAAAAAUAUUUAUACAGUUAUUAUAUAUAUGUUAAUGUAUGAAACCAGAAUAUUUAAACCUUUAAGAAUUCAACAAAAAUUAAAUAAUAUAGGGAACAUAUAUAGUAUGUUAUUAUAUACAAAAAAAAAUUAUUCAAACUAUUUAAAACUAAUGUUAGAAAAAACAAGUUCAUUAUAUUUAGAAAUAGAACUAUUAUAUAAUGAACAUGUAUUCUUAAGAAAUAUUCCCUUUCCUAAUGAUUCAGUAUACAUAUUAAUGAAUGAACACAAGCCUUUUGAUAAAGAUACACACGGAUAUAAACUAUCUGAAAAUCCAUAUGAAAUAUCUAAUGAAGGAGAUGAUAAUACUAGAGUUUAUGCUUUUUUUGUUCUUAACUUGUUAGGCUUUUAUCCAGAAAUUCAAAAAAGCUUAUUAUUAUCAUCACACAAUGAAGAUAUGAUUUAUAGUUUGUUAGAUAUAAAUAUACAACAAAUAAAUCAACAAAUACAAAAUAAAGAACAUCCUAAUGAUCAACAUAGUUUUAGACCACAACAUCAACAUACAAAUGAGCAAGAUAAAAGCACCCAAGGUAUUACGCAAAUGGUUUUAAAGCCAUUGGGAGAUUUAUAUAAUUAUUUCUUUUCUAAAAAGGAGGAAGAGGAGAAAUCUGGAGAAAGCAAAGGGGAAAUGAAAAUAUUGGAAGAUAGUGCAAAUGGGAAGGAGAAAAUAUUGGAAGUUCGUCAAAAUGGGAAGGAGAAAAUAUUGGAAGAUAGUGCAAAUGGGAAAGAGAAAAUAUUGGAAGUUCGUGAAGAUGGGAAGGAGAAAAUAUUAGAAGGUGGUACAGAAGGAGAAGAAAAUAUGUUAGGUGAUUCAAAAAGGAAUGAGAAGAUAUUAGCAGAUGAAUUAAAUUUGAAAUAUAACUCAAAAGAACAAACAAAAGACGAACAGAUGGAUAAAAAGGAAAAUAUAAAAAACUUUUUGGAAUCUAAUAAACAAAAUAUUUUAUUAGAAGAAUCAAAGAAAAAUUCAAACAAUUCUACAAAUUUUUACGAAAUAAAUGAUUUCACGUGGAUGGGAAAAGAUCAAAUUGAUGACAUAAAAAGAUUAAUUGUAGAACAUGGAUUAGUAAAAUAUUUUAUAAAAGGAAUUCAUUUAAUGUAUUUACAAGUAUAUCUAAAAGAUAAUAAUUAUUUAGAAGCAUAUAAAGAAGCAUUAAAUGAAGAAUUACAAAAAAAAGAUUUUUAUAUGCAUUUUAUUAAAACAUCUCCACCUUUUCAUUUCCAAAAUUAUAAUGUGCAUCACUUAUUAUUAUUUUCAUUCUAUUAUGGUUUUUCUGAUUUAAUAAGAACAAGAAGACCUUAUGUUAAUCUUGAAUCUACACUUAAUAGAACAAUUGAAAAUAAUAAAUCCAUAUAUAUGUACAGAACAAAUUCUUAUGCAAAUUUCCAGCUUGCUGCAAACAAAAGAGUAGCGUUAAAUACAUUACAUCAAGAAUUAGCCAAAUUUAUAUAUAAAGAAGCAAUACAAUAUAGAUAUCUAAAUCCGUAUUAUAAAACAUAUAAAGAUAAAGAAAAUAUAACAACAUUUAUAUAUAAUAAUAAUAAUAAUAAUAAAGAUAAAGAUAAUGUUAUAUUUAAAUUUAAUGAAGAGAAAGAAAAGGAACUCAUAGAUUUAAUUAUAAUUAAUAAAAAACAACCUAUAUAUGAUACAAAAGAUAUCAAAGAAAUUAUUAUCUUUGUUCAAAUAAUGGUUGAAAAUUUUAUAUAUAUUUUAAACAAUUAUCCAUCUAGUUUUAGCUUAAGUAAACAUUCUUCUUAUUACAACAAUUUUAUUAAAAAUGUAAAACAAUAUUUCUUUUCAUAUAAAAAAGAAAAUAAUCUAAUAUAUCUAAUAAGUCAGAGAGAUAUUGAUUUCAACAUUUCUUCUAUAUUACAUAUAAGUGAGAAAUCUACGGUUAUGAAUAUUUUAAAAAAUAUUAUAAAAUUUAUUUUCCUAGCUACUACUAGAUCCUAUGAUGUCGACGUAUUUGUACAAAAAAUAUUAAAUAUAAAUCAAAAUAGUAAACAUAUUUUAAAACAAGACUAUUCUCAAGAAAAACAAAAAUAUGUAAAUUUAAAAAGUACAUAUGCAUUCAUACAAAAAAAUUAUAAUGUACGUAGUAUUAAACAAUGUUUCAAAAACUGUUUAAAAAAAACAAAGAAAAUAUUUAAUAAAGUUUCUAAUGCUACUAAAAACACGAAUCCAUCUGUGACAUAUAAACGUUUUGACGUUCACCCUCCUGUACAGGAUGAUUUACUAGAUUCAGUCAUUUUUAAAAAAAAAGAUCAAUUUAAAAGAAAUAAUAUACCUACAAAAAAAAGUAAGAAAAAAAACAAUGAUAAGGUUAUAAAAAAUAUAUAUAUACAUGAACAACCAUUUUUUUCAAAACUAAAAAUGAGAUGUGCUAUCAUGAAGAAAAAAUUAUCCAUGUCGAUGAAAAAAAAUAAGCCAAAUAAUAAUUAUAAUGAUUAUAAUUAUUUUAAUGAUGAAUAUAAUCAACAUAUUUGUGAUUAUGUACCACAUCAGAAUGUUAAUAAAUCAAGUCUAGAAUAUGAAAAACCAGUAAAUAUAAAAAUACAUAAGAAAAAGGAACCAAACGAAAAUAAAUAUUAUAAUAUGGAUCGUGAAAUAAUAAAUGAUAAUAACUAUUAUUUAUCUACUAAUGAGUUAGAUGAUACGCAAAAUAGAUAUCAAGGAAUAAAACCAGUUAAUCAGGAAAAAAAAAAUUAUAUUGAAAAAAAUAUUAUAAAUGAAAAAAUUAACAGAUUUCAAAAAAAUUAUUUUGAUGAAAAAAAUAAUUUGAGUCAUUCCAAAUUUGAACAGCAAGCACAAAAAGAGAAAAUAAUAAAUAAUGAAAGGAUAAGAAAUAAUAAUGAAGACAAAAUAAAUAGGAACAGAAUAAUGAAUCAUAGGAAUUUAUAUAACACUGGACAUAUUAAUAGAAGUAUAGAUGUAAACAAUACAAAUAUUAGACACAUUAAUAAUCAUAAUGUUACAUAUAAUGAUGACAGACAAGAAAAUCAUCCAAAUUUUGAGAUAAGAAAAAAUUUAUAUAAUAUGAAAAAUGAAAAGGAAAAAAAAAAUGAUAAUAUUAAUAAAUAUAGUUUUAUGCAAUUUUUUCAAGUGAAUGAAAAUAUACAAAAUAAUAAUAAUAAUAAUAAUAAUAAUAAUAAUAAUAAUAAUACAAUUGAUGUAAUUCCUAAAAGCACUAAAACAAAAUUUACGACGUUAAGAAGAUUUUUAGGUACUAGAAUGAACAAUUUAUAUUCUAAAUUGAAAAGUGAAUUAUUUUCAUUUACAUUAAUAAAUAGCUAUGAUUUUCUUUUACGAAAUAGUGUAUAUUUUUAUCGUAGUAAUAUGUUCACAAAAUAUAUUACUUAUUAUGCAAAAAGAAAUGUAAUACAAAGUUUAGAUAUGCUAUUUUUGAUAGUAAGAGAUUAUGAAUUAAAUACAUCAUUAACAAAUACAUAUUCUAUAAAACACAGUUUAUUUAAUAUAUGUUUAUUUAAAUUACAAAACAUAUCUAUAAAUUUAAAAAAUAUAUUAAAUAUUAUAGAUGAACAAAAAAUGGACACAAUCGUAUCAAGAGUAAUAUCUAUUAUUCAUACGAACUAUACUGGAAAUAUAAGUUUUAUAGAAGAUUUAAUUAAUAAAAUAAAUAUAAUUUUAUCUAAAAAUUUUGUUUUAAAAAAAUUAUUUGCUGAUUUUAUUUCCUAUGUUACCAUUUCAUCAAUACAAACAUUUAUAUUACAUUUUCAUUCAAAAUAUAAAAAAAAAGUACUUACGUUCAUAAUUUCACUUUUAAAUAACAUAUCUGGUACAAUCUCAAGUAUACUAAGUGAACCUUUUUUUCAAUCCUAUAUAUGUACCAAUUUUAUAAAACUUGGAGAAUCAUUUAUUAGUGAGUUUAAUGCAGAAAAUACAGUAUAUGGAUUCUUUAUGGAUGUGGGAGAAAUAAAUUUUAUUGAUAUAAUUAUAGCUUAUGCUUAUCAUUUUUUCCCAAAGGCAGUAAAUGAUUUUACACAAAUGUCAUAA